AUGGUGGCGGAGCCGCUGGUGCACAAGGUGCUCUCCAUGGCGACGACGUCGUCGUCGUCCUCCUCCUCCUCCUCCAAGAAGGUGCGGUCGGCGGCGAGCGCCAAGGGCGGCGCCGAGGCGGCGGCCGCGGGCGACGGCAGGGUGGGCAUCUUGUCCUUCGAGGUGGCCAACGCCAUGUCGCGCGCGGCGAACCUCUACCGCUCGCUCUCCGACGCGGAGGCGGCGCGCCUGCUGGGCCCGCUCUGCCUCGGCUCCCACGCCGUGCGCGCGCUCGUGCCCGGCGACGACGCGCGCCUCCUCGCGCUCGCGCUCGCCGAGAAGCUCGACGCGCUCAACCGCGUCGCGGCCGUGGCCUCGCGCCUGGGCCGCCGGUGCACGGCCCCGGCGCUCAUGGGCUUCUACCACGUCUACGCCGACCUCCUCGCCGGCCGCUGCUCCGACGCGGGCGCGUUCGCUGUCGCCUCCCACUCCGACGCCGCGUCGCUCGUGCGCAGGCUCGACCGCCUCGCCGCCGCCACCGCCGCGCUCUACGCCGAGCUCGAGGCGCUCGCCGAGCUCGAGCAGUCGGCGCGGAAGCUGCCCACCGACGAGGCCCGCCGCGCGCUCGAGCAGCGCACGCGGUGGCGCCGCCACGACGUGCGCCGGCUCAGGGACUCGUCGCUCUGGAACUGGACCUACGAUAAGGCCGUGCUCCUGCUCGCGCGCGCCGUCUGCGCCAUCUACGACCGCAUCCGCCAUGUGUUCGGCGACCCCAUGCUGGGGCUCGACUUGCUGGCCAUGAACCGGGAGUCAGGGCAAUGGGACCAAAGCCGGCAGCUCUCCGGUCCAGUUCCCGUCCAAAGCAAUCUCAGUGAUGGCAAGUCAGGGCCGAUUUGCAGAGUCGAACCAGAUAUGUCGCGGCCGGCGAGUUUUCGGUCAAGUUGUGGAGCAAACCCGGGGAAGAAGUUCAUGGAGUGCUUGAGCUUGAGUAGCUCAGUGUCAUGGAAGGAUGGGUUCGAGGAUGAGUUCUUGGAAGAUUCCAGCUGCAUUAGCACAAUCAGAUCAGGGAUGCUUGUGCCAUUCAGCAGCGAGCAGGGGGUAUCCACAACGCCAUCAUCCAAGAGUGGCAGGAUUGGCAGAAAGGCGCGGUUUGGUCCGAAGAGCACGGUGACAUCACUUGCGCCGCCAUCCACAAUUGGCGGCUCCGCUCUUGCGCUACAUUAUGCAAACAUUGUCAUCAUCAUCGAGAAGCUGCUCCGGUACCCACAUCUUGUUGGUGAGGAGGCACGGGACGACCUGUACCAGAUGUUGCCAUCGAGUUUGAAGGUGGCGUUGAGGAAAAAUCUGAAAACGUAUGUGAAGAGCAUGGCGAUCUACGACGCGUUCCUCGCGCACGAUUGGCAGGAGAUGCUUGAGAAGACACUGGCAUGGCUCGCUCCGAUGGCCCACAACAUGAUCCGGUGGCAGACCGAGAGGAACUUUGAGCAGCAGCAGAUCGUGUUGAAGGGGAAUGUGCUGCUGUUGCAGACGCUGUAUUUCGCUGAUCGGGAGAAGACAGAGGCAGUGAUCUGCGAAUUGCUUGUCGGCCUAAAUUACAUCUGCAGGUACGAGCAGCAGCAGAAUGCUUUGCUUGACUGCUCUAGCAGUCUCGACUUUGAUGAUUGUGUGGAGUGGCAACUUCAGUAG